AUGAACGGCAGCAUGGACGGCCCUCGAAAGCGGCAACGAGUCGAUGGUGAGGAGCAAGGCGACCGGCUCAGGUCGUUAUCUACUCCUAUUAGCCCUCCUCGGAAGAGUCAGCGUCGCGAACUUGGACGGCUAGCAUCCCCCUGGCAACUAACCUGGAUCAGGGACCUUCCAGAAGAGCUUAACCGCGAUGCAGUCACACUCAAGGAUCUCCUGGGCGAUCCUCUUAUCAGCGAGUGCUGGGAGUUCAACUACUUGCAUGAUAUUCCAUUCUUAAUGGACGCGUUUGACCAGGAUACAAGGCACCUGGUGGAUGUUCAUGUUGUCCAUGGUUUCUGGAAACGAGAGGAUGCCAAUCGCUUGGCUCUGACAAUGGAAGCGUCUGAAUACAGUAAUGUGAAACUUCACGUGGCCCCCAUGCCCGAGAUGUUUGGCACCCAUCACUCAAAGAUGAUGGUGCUUUUUCGUCACGACGACACAGCCGAGGUUAUCAUCCACACAGCCAACAUGAUACCAAAAGACUGGACGAAUAUGACCAAUGCCGUCUGGAGAAGUCCGUGUUUGUCCAAGUUGCCCGCCGAAUCCAAGAAAUCACCAGAGUACUCGAGUCUGCAAAUUGGAAGCGGCGAAAGAUUCCGUGCUGAUCUUAUCAAUUACUUGAGAGCCUACGACAGUAGGAAAAUCACCUGUGGACCAUUGGUAGACAAACUCAGCCAGUACGACUUUUCUAGUGUUAAAGGCGCACUGAUAGCCAGUGUUCCCGGGAAGCACGACAUACAUGACCUGUCCGAUACGGCGUAUGGUUGGUCUGCCGCCAGACGGUAUCUAAGUUCAGUCCCAUGCAAGGAAGGAAAUGCCGAGAUUGUCACUCAAGUAUCUUCCAUUGCCACCUUGGGUGCCAAGGACACAUGGCUUCAGAAAACGCUAUUCGAUGCACUCGCGAUAUCCAAGAAGAAGACGCUACCAAGACCAAAAUUCAAGGUUGUAUUUCCUACCGCGGAUGAAAUAAGGAAAUCACUUGAUGGGUAUGCGUCUGGCGCCUCGAUUCAUACCAAGAUCCAGUCCCCGCAACAAGCUCAACAACUGACUUACUUACGGCCCAUCUUUUGCCACUGGGCAAAUGACAGCAAGGAUGGUACUGUCGCAUCAACUGAAACCGGAGCAAGCAACGGUGGACGAGACGGGGCAGCUCCACAUAUUAAAACGUAUAUUCGCUAUAAUGCCGAGGGAUCGAUAGAUUGGGCUAUGCUUACAUCUGCCAAUAUCUCAAAACAGGCGUGGGGUGAAGCUGCGAAACCGUCUGGCGAGGUCAGAGUGGCAUCCUGGGAGAUUGGUGUCUUGGUAUGGCCAGAACUAUUCGGACCCAAAGCUUCGAUGGUUGGGACCUUUCAAUCCGAUACUCCAAACGAAAAGUCUAUCCCCAAAUCUGAUGAUGACGAGGUCUUAAUUGGCAUCAGGAUUCCUUAUAGCAUGCCACUGCAAGGGUACGGCGCGAGAGAGGUGCCGUGGGUUGCGACAAUGAAUCACAGUGAGCCGGACCACCUCGGCCGCCGAUGGAUAGAGUGA